AUGGCCGCCGCAUCGCCAAACUCCUCCUCCUCCUUCUCCUCCUUCUCGUCUUCUAGAGCACAGCUGCCAUCGGACACCGACAUAUCGGCAACCGCACAGGCGCUCCUGGAAGCGCACCGCCAGAGGAUCCGUGACAAUGCCCCCGCCAACCAGCCCGACGAUGCCGCAGCUGCCUCGUCUGCCAAGCAGCAGGCCGAGCUGGCAAACCUAGAGCAGCAGAUCUCAAACACGGCCAGGGUCGCCCUCCAGCUCGAGAACCUCACCGUCAUGGCAGAACAGGGACCGGACGCUCCCCAGCACACCAUCAUGCAGCCGCUCGGUCCCCUGGCCUUCUGGCCCGCCACGGUCGCAGACGCACGCCACGUCUAUGUCCGGCAACCGUGCAAAGCAGACUCGAGCAAGGCGGUGCGAGAAGCAAAGGUGCCUGCCCUCACCGCCAUCCCGCCGGAAAGCGACUCGUUCGCGCUCGACGUCAAGGACGAGAAGCUGCACCGCCACUCCCUGACGUUCGCGCGCAAGCCCAUCGCACAGGCCAUCGCCGACCUCGAGUCCGCCAAGGCCGCCUACGAGGAGCAGGCAGCCUCGGCGAGGCAACGGCUCGCAUCGCUCUCCACCGAAAACAUCCGCCAAAAGCUCAAGGCCGCGUUCAAGGACGUCGAGGGCUUCGACGACCUGCCCGGUCAGAAAGAGGGCAUCGUCGUCAACGAAAACAACCAGGUGCUCAACGAGGAGGGGCUGCCAUUCUUUGAACCGAUGGAGCCCGUGCCAGACUCGCCACCACUCAGGCCCGCCGAUGGGGCGGCACCUCAGAGCACUCACCGCGCCAAUGGCCAUUCUUCAGGAGCUGCACCGAGCGAGGCCCCAUCGGCUUCGACGGCAUCGCGGCCGCCCGGCGUCGUCCUCCCCUUUGAGCGUCCCGGAAGAGAGGGACCCAGGACGAAGGAGGAGCGGCGAAAGUGGAUGGACGACAUCUUCGGCAAGCUCGAACAAGAGGAGCAAGAAGAGGACGAGGAGGACGAGGACGAGGAGGACGAGGACGAAGACGACGAGGACGGCGAAGACGAAGGAGAAGGCCGGUCCGAACGCACUGCGAUGCGGCGACCCUCGGACGAUGGCAGCGACAGCGAGCUGCCCACCUCGCCCCUCUCGCCGACCUCGGAGAACCGUGUCGUGCUCCGUCAGCCGACACCGACGCCGCCCGACUCGCCCACCCAGUCGUCCCACCCGUCGCUGCCCGAGAUCAGUUCGGCCACGCGCCCUCCGCCGCCAAAGUCGGCGCUCAAGCAGAACCCAGAGCGUCCGCCCAUCCAGCAGCGCCCGUCGUUUGGUUCGAGCGGCAUCUGUCGCGGCUUCCUUAACCUCAACCCGUCCAGCCCUGGAGCCAUCCGUUCCAACUUUGCCGCCGAGGACCUCGACGGCGCCGAGAGGCAGGGCAGGUCGUCUGCGCCGCCUCAGGCCCUCGCCAAGACGGUGGUCGGCACGUCAAGCGCCACGGCCGACUCGAGCGUUAACGGCAGCGGCGCCAGCACGCCAUCCAAGAAGACGGUGCGCAUCCAGAGCCCCGAACGCUUUCGGCAGCCCGGAUCGUCGUCACUCGCCGCAUCCUCCCGCCAAGCGGACGAGGACGGCGCAGCCCAGAGCCUUUCGGCCCUGCAGCGAGCGCUGAGGGAGGUCAAGAAGGUCAACGAGAAGAACCUGCACCGCAGCAGCGCCGACACCGCCGAGAAGCGCCAUGCCGACGACGUGGGCGUCGAGGAGGAGGCGGCGAGGAUCGUCGACCUGCUCGGCCCGGGCAUCGUCGAGGGCCACCCGGGCGCGCCCGCCAAGGAUGUCCUCGACCAGCUGCAGCGGGCGCACGACGAGGACAAGCGCGCCCAUACGGCCGAGGCCGUGGCGGAGCGGGAGCGGCGAGAAGAAGAGGAGCGCGAGCGAGAACGGAAGCGUCUGCUCGCUGAAAAGCCGGCGCUCGGACAGACGGUCGUCGAGCGACAGCCCAGCAGCGCCCCGCGUGCCACGGUCAAGCCUGCUGCGGCCAACGACGUGCAGAAGGCCAAGCAGAGCGCAUUCAGGCGCGGCUUCCUCAACUCGAAGCCGACGUUUGUGCCAGUCAACCCGCCGAGGACCAAGGCGGCUGCCACAGCUUCCGCGUCGAAAUCGCCGCCGCCGACGCAGAAGACGGUGCCGCCGACGCAAUCGAUGGGCAUGUCGGCCCUGGACCGUGCGAGCCUUGGAGACGACGACUUGUCGAAGCGGAGGGAGCAGAUGGGCCUGCCGCCCGCCGUCCCGCAUGCACGUCCUUCGAAGGCGUACGCGGAGAGGAUGGAAAAGCGCAGGCAGGGCGUCGAAGCGGCGGGGACAUCGGCGGCGGCCGACGCAGAGCCAGAUGGCGAGAAGCUGGCACGACCCACCGAGGGCGACGAUGAGCCGAGGGAGGGACGCGUCCGGUUCGCCGCUGCUGAUGCGGCGCCAGCCGAUGCGGCCGACGAGGAGGCUCGCACCAACGAGAUCGACCCAUCUGCUCGGCACGAGGGCGGAGGCGAAGGGGACGAGGCAGACGAGGUCGAGGACGAGGUACCGAUCAUCCGCGGCGAAGGCGCCGACUCGGAUUCGGACGAUGACCGCCGCAAUGGCAGAAUGAUCAAGGGCAAGCAGCAGGCUGCCAAGAGCGGCGAAGAAGAGCAUGGCGACGACGACGACGACGACGACGACGACGACGAUGAUGAUGAAGACGACGAUGACGACGACGCGUACGACACCGACGACCUCAUGGACCUGCAGCCGGACAUGAACUACGACGUCGCGGCCGCUUUCGACGACCGCGAGCUGCUGAGGGAGUACGAAAAGGCCAAGGCGGUCCUGCAGGAGCUCGGGUUGGCUCCAUCCGGGUCCGGCAUUGGCGCUGGCUCGGCCGCUGCAGCUGCUGCGAUGGCGGCCGCCGACCGUCACGGCGAGGAUGACGACGGCGAUGAAGACGACGACUACGAGGACGACAUUGUGCCGCUCGAUGCCACCGUCGAGGACCAAGAGUACCAGGGCAACACUGCCGAUGCGGCGGGCGACAGGCCCAAGGUUUCGCGCUUCAAGGCCGACCGCUCGUCGCAGUCCAACCGGGCGCAGCGCCAGCUCUCGAAGGCGGCCCGCACCAAGACGGCCGCCGAAACCGCACCAGUCGCAACGGCGACGGCCGACGAGGCAGAGGCGCCCUCUUCGCCGCCGCAGCAGCAGCAGGCGCAGCCGCCCAAGAAGGUGUCGCGGUUCAGGGCGGCUCGCAUGGGCGGGUGA